ACCUUAAGAGUGAUGUCUCCCGGAUGACUUAGUGAAUAAUAUAGCUAUAUGAAAUGCAUUUCAUUAAAUAUAUCAUUAGAAUAAAUGUUCACGUAUUGAAUUAGAGUAAUUGUAUAUAAUACAACAACCACUCUAAAGAAUAUCAAUACAAAACAUAUCAACAAAUCACAUAUCUAAGCAUAAGGAUUGUUAGUUAAUGUUGUAAAAGUAGAUAACUAAAUAAUUACAUAUCUUCAGUAAUAUCGGUGUCUAUAAUAUUUAAGUGUAAGGUGUACAUUUCUGAAGCUAAAUUGGCAUUGCUCCAUCUGUGAUUGGUGGGUCACCGUCUACGUACGUAGGCGCCAGGCCAAUGGCGGCGGGGGCUACGCGCAGCCGUGUUGCUACGGCGUAGAGGCGCGCGGGGCGCUACGCCAUCGACAGACGCUGCGUAGCUGAUACCGGGAACUGGAAGCUAUGUGUUAGGUGCACUUUGAUGUGGGACAUCGGGCGUCCGCCAUGCAGGGGCUGCAGGCCGCGAAAGAGAAGGCCUCGGGCCUCUUCGCCAACAAACCCCUUCUGUUCAAGAACAGCCAGUAUGAAAACUUUCAUGUGGACCAGAAGGGCUACGAUCAGAUGUACGACGGCGAGGACUUGGAAACACCACCUUCACCCGAUAGGCCCCCGCCACGACAUAUAGAUAAGUACAUCAAAGCGGAGCUACCAUGCCUGAGCGCACGAUACACGGUGGCGCUGCUCGCCUGUUUCGGGUUCAGCAUCAUGUUCGGCAUGCGCUGCAACAUGAGCAUGGCCAAGCUCAAGAUGACGGAAAAGCAUAACACAUCAAGCGGCAUCAAAGAAGACACGCCAUUCAACUGGACGGUAGAAGUAGAAGCCUCCAUCGAUUCGUCCUACUUCUUCGGUUACUUUAUCACGCAACUGCCGGGCGGUUUCCUGGCGUCCAUGUAUCCGGCCAACAGGAUCUUCGGGGCGGCCAUUGUGGCGUCAGCAAUUUUUAACAUGGCUAUCCCUGGCGCCAUGGCUGUAGGGCCGACUGCAGUCGUGUUAUUGAAGGUUGCGCAGGGAUUUGUUGAGGGUGUGACAUAUCCUUCAUGCCACGGCAUCUGGCGCAUGUGGGCGCCUCCGAUGGAGCGCUCACGGCUGGCCACGCUGGCCUUCUGUGGGACUUAUGCCGGCAUCGUCAUCGGCAUGCCGCUCUCUGGGAUGCUGUCGGAUUACAUCGGGUGGCAGGCGCCGUUCUACUUUUAUGGGGUCUUCGGGCUUAUAUGGUACUGUAUGUGGCUCUGGCUGGUAUUCGAGCGGCCGAGCAAGCACCCGCACAUCGCCGGCAAGGAGAUGGCCUACAUCGAGCAGUCCCUCGGCACCGCCUCGCAGGCUCCCAUGCCUAGCUUUUGGGGCACGCCGUGGAAGGCCUUUUUUACUUCACCCCCAGUAUACGCCAUAAUUGUAGCAAAUUUCUGCAGAACAUGGAAUUUCUGUUUGCUAGUUAUUUUCCAGUCUGCAUAUUUUAAUUCAAGAUUUCAGAUGCAAAUCACGGAGUCUGGCUUCGUGGGCGCUAUCCCCCACCUGAUUAUGACGUCGCUGGUGCCGAUCGGCGGCAUGUUGGCCGACUAUCUACGGAAGAAUGGCACGAUGACUACCACCAACGUGCGAAAGCUGUUCAACUGCGGAGGGUUCGGGCUGGAGGCGUUCUUCUUUGUUCUUGUUGCCUAUGCGGAUAAUAAAUACGUGGCGACUAUAGAACUGACGCUGGGCGUGGCAUGCAGCGGUUUUGCCAUCUCCGGCUACAACGUGAAUCAUCUGGACAUCGCGCCGCGAUACGCCUCCAUCCUCAUGGGCCUGUCCAACGGCAUCGGCACCAUCGCCGGCUUUGUGGUGCCAAUCGUUAUCAACUACAUUACGCAGGAGAAGGAUAAACUCGAGAAAGCAAUAACAGAGUGGCGCGAGGUGUUCUUAAUGGGUGCGACGGUGCACUUCAUCGGCAUCACCAUUUACGGCAUUUUCGCGUCGGGCGAGCUACAGUCGUGGGCUGAGCCGCCGCCAUCUUAUGAGUCACCCGUCAAGUCUAAGGACCAUGAGACCACCUUCAUGGGCAACCCAUCGGCGCCGUUAAAGAGCAGCUCGCCACCAGGGUACGGUGCGGUGGCGCCGCCGCGCCCGCCCGCGCCCGGCGCCGCGCCCGCGCCGCAGGCCCACGUGCCCAACAACCCCUUCGUGUCCGGCGCCUUCUACCAGGCGGAACCCGUGCAGCCCCCGGCCCAACAGUACCCCGAGCUCACGGAUGACGGCACUUACUAGAUUGCAGCUCAAUGCGAUACUAGACUUGAGGUUUGGUUUUCUUUUUUAUUAAGUUUCAGAAACAUGUUUUGUUAGGGGAUCACAUACAGUGGGGUGUCGUCAUUAAAAAUCUAGACUAUGUACUGUCACAGUGUGUUUACUAUGAAAGGUACUGCAAAAUUCGAAAUUGUGGCUUGAUCUAAUAACGAAACAUUGUCGUUUCGGCUCUGCAAAGCAUGUUCGCUUCACACCGGCAAAUGUUCAACGCCUACGACCGCAGCAUGGCAGUGAAAGAGUUUGGAAAUUAAAUUGACGAAGUGACCCUAUUUUACGCCAUCCAUAUCCAUAGAGGAUUCCUCGUAAUAUUCAAAGAAAGUAUUUCAACACAAUAUGAUAAGCGUUGAAAUUUCCUACAAUCUCAGAACCAUUAUAGUUUUACCCAAAAACAAAUGCGAAUCUUGCUUCUUGUCUAGUAUUAUAUUGACGUUUUUGAUUUUCUAUCACUGAUUUCAAAGAUUUUGUGCUCACUAUAGUAUUUUCCAACUAGUUGACCACUCGAAGCGAGCGCCGCCCCUUGGUCGGGUGGUGAACUAGUCCUAAACAAGUAGAUAGGUGAAAUUACAUGUGCUGUUACUCUCGCCAUGGUUAGCUUGUACUUCGUCAUAUCGUUAUAGAAAUUAACAGUACCUGUUCAGAUCUUGAUUAUUUUUUUAUACACUCAGUCAUUGUGCUAUAUCGUAUUCAUAUUAAAACCCGUUCAGGUUGAAGUCUAUAUUAUGUUGCUCG